AUGUUAUUUCACUAUUUCUAUUAUUCCUUUCAUUUCCCCACUCUGUUCGAAUCUAUCUAUCUAUCUAUCUAUCUAUCUAUCUAUCUAUCUAUCUAUCUGGAUCUGAAGCCACCAGUUUUGUUGCAUUUAACGAAAUAUGUGUCCCUCUUUUGUCCCUGUCCCUGUCUCUCUCUCUCUCUCUCUCUGUCUCUGUCGCUCUCUCUGCUUCUCUUUUCCUUUGUCUUUUACCAGAUAACAUUUCAUUGCGUCCUUUCUAUUUCGGUGCAUUUUCCAACACCUAAUAUAGGCAAUAAACAUUUGCGUGCUUCGUUGCGCAUGUUUGUAAAGACACAAAAAUAUCAUUCGCAUUUACUUCAUAUUUAUAAAAUAUGUUUUCUGUCUCUGUCCAUGUCUUUGUCCAUCUUUCUAUCCCCCACUCUCUCUCUCUCUCUCUCUCUCUCUUUUAUCCUUACUCCAAUAUCUAGACGCAUGCAUCUGUUGCGUCUUAUGCAGCAGCUCUUUUCUACAGGUGACUUUGUUUUUCUUUCUCGCCAUACAAGUACAUUUUAUUAUUGUUCUUUUAUCCUAACCAAUACAUUUUGCAACUUCCCUUUGUCAGAUUCUUAUGUUAUUUCACUAUUUCUAUUAUUCCUUUCAUUUCCCCCACUCUGUUCUAUCUAUCUAUCUAUCUAUCUAUCUAUCUAUCUAUCUAUCUAUCUAUCUAUCUGGAGAAGCCGUUUGUGA